UUUUUUUUUUGCCAGAAGAAAUUGAAAAAUGCAAAUUAAAAAUCAAAAGGUAUAAGCAACAUCAACAACCACGAAAAACAGCUACAAUUUAGUUCAGAGAAAGAUGGAGGACUAUGAACAGGAUUUGUUAAAUGAUUUCGGUAGUGAUGAUGAAAAUGAAUCAAAUGAUGAAAUUGAAAUUGAACCACUGAAUCAGGAACAAGAAGAACUACCACAAGAUACUGAUGUUCAACCUACUACUGAUCUUACAUUUGAACAAAAGUUAGAUGAUAUAAUACGAAACCAUACUUUGCAUAACUCCUAUCAAACCAUACUAAAUCAAUCUAAUAUCGAAGAACUUUCCGAUUUAACUAAGUUUUCCAAAAUAUUACCUUUAAUACCUGAUAUCAAAGCUAAAAUUACGGAAUAUUCCUUUGAAAAGGAAGAAGAUGAAGAUUAUUGGGAAUUGAUCAAUUCGUUACAGAAUGAUAAUGAUAACAAUGAACCCCAAUCGAAUGAAUAUAAAUUCAUUCUUAUGAUCAAUGAAUUAUCCACGAUUAUAAAUCAAGAAAUAUCAACCUUCUAUGCUUUAAUUAAAUUACAAUAUAAAGUUGUGUUCCCCGAAUUAGAAAGUUUAAUUAUAAAUCCUAUCGAUUAUACCAAGAUCAUUUGUAUUAUAAAACAAGAUUUAACUAAUAUUAAACAAUAUGAAGCUGAAUUAAAGAAAUUCAUCACCAAUGAAAAAGUAUUGAUUAUAAUCAUGGCAGCUUUACAACAAGUUAAAUCUCAAUUUGAAUUGAAUAAUCAAGAUUUAGAUAAAAUUUUAAGUUGUUGUUUAUUAGUAUUGGAAUUAGAUGAUUUAUUACAUCAAUUAUCAACUUUCAUAUCUCAAAAACUUUCAAAGAUAGCUCCUAAUAUCACCGCUAUUAUCGGGUCCAUCACUACAUCUCAACUUUUAAUUGCAACCGGUUCGUUAAAACAAUUGGCUUUAACUCAAGCAUGUAAUUUACCUUCUAUUGGGGUCCGGGAUUUAUCAUCACAAACUAAAACUAAAUCAAAGAAUAUACGACAGACUGGAUAUUUAUAUCAUUCAGAGUUAGUUAAAUAUUUACCUGAAGAUAUUCAACGAUCAGUAAUGAGAAUUGUGAGUGGGAAAAUCAUAUUAGCAGCUCGGAUAGAUUUAUCACGAUCGAAUCCAAAUGGUGAAUUUGGAGAUAAAUAUCGUCAAGAGAUUGAUCAAAAGAUUGAGAAAUUAUUAGAACCACCUCAAAAUCAACCUGAUAAAGCCUUACCAUUACCUACUGAACAAAAAUCGAAAAAGAGAGGUGGGAAAAGAUUUAGAAAGAUGAAGGAAAGAUUUCAAAUGUCUGAAUUAAGAAAAGCUCAGAAUAAAAUGGAAUUUGGUAAACAAGAAGAAUCAAUUGUCGAUGGUUAUGGUGAAGAGAUUGGAUUAGGUAUGAGUCGUCGUUCAAAUGGGAGUGAUGGAGGAAGAGUUGGUGCUAUCAAAGUUAAUACUAAUACCAAUGCAAAGAUGUCUAAAGCUAUGACUGUGAGAUUACAACAACUGAAUAAAUUACCUGGUAUUCAAAAGAGUCAUAGUAUAUUUGAUGAAGAUUUCGAUAGUAUAAUCUUAUCGAAUCCCGCCAAUAAGACGUCUCCAGCAAGUAAUGGGACUACUACUACAUCCAGUAACAAUGGAUCCACUUCAAGUACUUCUACUUGGUUUGGAGGAAUUACGAAUCAUAAAGAUGACGAUAGUUCAAAUGGGUUAAAAAGGAAGAGAACAGAUUAACUUUGUACAUGACUCAUUCCUAAGGAAUAAAUAGCAUAAAUAAUAAUACAAAAUUUACAGGGCAUAUACACAUUUGUUUGUAGAUAUCAUGAAUAUCAACCCAUUCAACCGUAUGGUUCCAUCUACCCCCUAUCAAAAACUCUAAUCUUGUCAAUAUA